CUGCCCCAGCUGCGCCAUGAUCUCUCGCCUGUGGUUUCUCGCUUCCAUCCUGCCCUGCCUGGGGCAUGAUGUGGACUUACCAGGUUGCCCCUUCGAGACCUUGACGGGCAAAUGUAAGGGCGAGGCUACCUGCCACAGCCUGGCGCAUUCGGGGCUCACCUGUGAGGGCUUGGUGAAUAUCGUGGAGUGUGCUACCUUUUGUGCCUACCCUUGCUGCAGCAGUGCCACCUCCAGCACUGCGACCACCAGCAUCACCAGUCACACCCACACCUCCACCGCCACGGAAACCACGGAAACGACCACUAGUUCCAGCAUCACCAGCAAAACGUUGACCACAUCCAGCUUGAGUUCAACUACAACUACCAGUCACCAUCCAGAUACCACAGAGAUGCUUCCCACCUCAGCACCUGGUGAAUCCAGUGGGCCUGAAUCCACCCUGGGCCCAGCGGCAGUGAUGAGGAUUUCCAUGAGAGUGGAAGUCACCGAUCCUCAGAACUACCUGGAGUAUUUUGAUGAUCAGGCGGUUCGGGAAGCCUACAUCAAUGUCAUGUCCGAGGUCGCCUCGGUUCCCAGCGAUUUGGUGGAUCUUGAGAGGACCAGCUCCCAGUUGGGCUACCUCACCAUGACGUAUGUCAUCACCAUUCCGUACACUUCGGAAGACACGCCCAGCAUUCCAUUGACAUCGGUUCAAGAGAAGCUCAGCACCAUAGAUAUUCCAACGUUCAACGAGCUUCUGGAUGCGGAGAUGAGACAAGUGGCAGGUGGCACCUUCAAGCAGAAGGUGGUCAGCGUCACGGUGGCUGACGACGACAUCUCGGUGAAUCGGGCCCCGCUGGCCGCGCUGGCGGUGCUGGCGAUGCUUAGCCAGGCGGUGGUCGUAAUAUGACCACAGCACUGGCACUGGCUGAACAGCCUGCAGAGAAGCCAG